UGCACCACGAUGUUGGACCUCGACGGCAAUCCCUCGACCAGCUACGAUCCCGAUCAGAAGGUCUGGAGUGGCUCCGGCCAGCAGAGUCUCUACAACGACGAACUGACCGUGGGCCAGAUCAUCUUCCGGCAGCUGCAGCGGCAGCCCCAAAGGAUAUUCCAGAUCUCACACUCGGAUAACACGCGGCUGACCCGAUCGCAGAUGCUGCAGAAUGCCGCCAAGGUGGGCUGCUAUCUGCGGGAUCGGGGCUUCAAAAAGGAGACAGACCUGGUGGGCCUCAUGGCCCGGAAUUCCACUCAUGUGGGAGCAAUGGCCUACGGAUGCCUAUUCAACGGCACUCCCUUCCACGCCGUCAAUCCGAAUCUGGAACAGAAGACCAUCGCUAGUCUCUACAAGAUCACCAAACCACGCAUCCUGUGCUGCGAUGUGGCUGACUACGAAAAGAUCAAGGAUAUAGGAGCCUCGCUGGGAGCUCUAAUCCUGACAGUUAACGGAAAGAUGAAGGAUGUAAUGAGUGUGUCGGAUCUGCUGCAGAAUCCCCUCCCUGAAGACUACGAACCCGCCCAGUUCCAGCGAGGAGUCGAUCGCAACAUGGCCAUACUCUGCUCCUCGGGCACCACCGGAACCCCCAAGGCGGUGACCCUCUCCAACAGCCGCAAACUGUUCGAGAUUCACAGUUACCUAGGUUCCGACGACGUUCAGUAUGCUCCCAGCACCUUGGAUUGGCUGACAGGUCUGAUUACCCUGGUCACAGCUGGAGUUUUUGGCACUGUUCGUCUGAUCUCCAGCGAAAUGUUCAGUACCGCCCACUUCAUGGAUAUGUGUGAGCAGCACGAGAUCUCUUGGACCAUCAUGGCCAACUCCCAUGUAGCCAUGUUGGCCAAUUGCCCAGAUGCACGAGCCCAAAAGCUGCGAAGCCUUAGGCAUCUGCUUUUCGCUGGUGGCCAUUGUCUGGUGGCCACCUUGAAGAAGAUGCAGUCCUUCCUGCACGGAUCGGGAAUUCUAAGGAAUGCCUAUGGCCUAACCGAGGUGGGCACACUGAUAUCCUACAACUACGACACCCAAUUUAAGCCCACUUCAGUGGGUCGCUUAGUGGCGAACAUUCGGGUGAAGAUUGUGGACUCCUUGGGGCAAUUGCAGGGUCCAAAAGGAUUGGGUGAGGUGCUCUGCCAUAAUGGACAACCCUGGAGCGGAUAUGUGGGAAAUCCUGGGGCCACGGCAGAGAUGAGAGAUUCAGCGGGAUGGUUUCACACCGGGGACGUGGGUUACUUCGACGAGGAUCACUACCUGCACAUUGUGGAGCGCAAGAAGGACAUGCUGAAGUACCUGGGCAUGAUGUACUAUCCGCACGAGGUUGAAGAGGUCAUCGCCCAGAUGCCCGACAUUGCCGAGGUCUGUGUUUUUGGCAUCUGGCGGGAGACGGAGGGCGAUGCCGCGGCUGCCUCCGUGGUCCUUCGAUCCGGGAGCAAACUGGAUGCUAAGCAAGUGGAGCAGUUUGUGCGGAAGAACGUGUCCGUGCAGUUCAAGCAUCUCCAUGGCGGAGCUCAGAUCGUUCCCCAGCUGGCGAAGAGCGCCAACGGCAAGGUCAACCGACAGGCCGUUAAGGCCGCCUACUUGAGAGAUGUAACCCCGUCUUAAAAUUUUACUGAUAAUCACACAAUCAACAAUUACCAAGCAUAAACUUUGUUUGAAUAUAAUCCAUGACGAUGCAUAGUUUAAUUUGGCACUCUUAAAAGGGAUGAUGAAAACAUUUAGGUAACAUCGCUAUGUGUAAUAACAAAUUUGAAACACAUUAAAAAAUUAUGCGCAUAAAAGUUCUGCUUAGAUAUUUAUUAAGUCACACAAUUGCUAGCACUUAAACGAACCGGAAAGUAUUACCUAAGGUCAGCAAAAACCUACUAUUACAACAGACUUUUAGCCAUAACAUCUUAUUUAACUACAACAUUUACCGGUGAAUAACAAAUACAAACAAAAAACACUCAAGAAAAAAUUAUUAAACAUGCAAAUACAAAUUUUCUAUAAAUAUUAGUAAUAUUUGUAAUCGUAGAAUCGUUUUCCUAUUAUUUUAUGAUACAAUUAAAAUCAAAGACAACAAAACGGGGCACUAAAAAGUGUAAUAAAAGUAUGAAAACGUCAUCAUCAACAAUUAA